AUGCAAUACUAUAGUUAUACGCCAGAAAAAGCUGCGGCCAUUGCCUUUGCAAUAAUUUUCGGAUUGUUGGUAGUGGUUUCCUUCUUUUUUAUCAUCCAUAUGACAAGAAAUAUGAAAGAAUUUACGGUCCCCAGACAGUACAAGAAAAUACAAUUAUUAGGAUCGUAUCUACCACUCUUGGUGGGCUGUAUUUUGGAAGUUAUCGGUUAUGCGGCGAGAUGUUUUAAUCCAAAUUUGUUAGUGCCAUAUAUUAUUCAAUCGGUUUUUAUAUUAAUUGCACCAGCGUAUUAUGCAGCUACUACUUACAUGCUAUUCGGUAAAAUCGCACAUCUUCUAUUCGCUGAAAAACUGCUAAUUUUGCCCGCCAAAUAUAACACUCUAAUCAUGGUCCUAGGCGAUAUUUUCAGUUUACUUUUACAAGCAUCCGGGGGAGGGUUAAUGGCUAAUCAAUCCAGCGCUAAUCUGGGCUCGCAUAUUGUUAUCGGUGGGCUGUUUGUCCAAAUCGCAUUCUUUGGGUUAUUCAUUAGCAACGAAUUUCUCUUCCUAAUGAAAAUUCAUAAGGUUCCAUGCGAAUUUGUCAAGCCAACGAAAAAUGCUGUUGUCCUGAUUAAUUUGCUUUUGCUGGGUAGUAUCUUAAUUUUUAUUAGGUCCAUUGUAAGAACGGCCGAAUUUAUCGAGGGAUAUGACGGAGUUAUUAUGACACACGAAUGGUUUCUUUAUGUGUUUGACGCUACCCCCAUGUUUUUAACCUCGCUGAUUUAUACACUUAGCAUGCCAUGGUGCAAUAUUUUCAAGAUUCAAGAAGAAUCUACUGAGGUUCAACAGAAUUCCAAUAUCGCUGGCUUACCACUUAACAUGAUUCCCAAGGAUAUUAACUUCGAAAACAAAAAUGGCUUUGAGGAAUAUUCAUCAUAUAUCUUUUAA